AUGGAAGAGACGUCGUUAGAACAAAAAUAUACAGACAUAGUAAUAUAUGAAGAGAAAUUUGAAAAAGUAAGGAUUACCUUUUUAUCGAACCCUAGCAAAUAUUCAGCAUGUCUUAAGAACGUGACUAUUUCAUGUGGGUUAGGACCAUAUUUGAAACUUGAAAGGCCUUUACUAAUCAAUUAUGCCCUCAAAAUGGAUGUUUUGAUGUUUACAAUUAAAGAGACCUUGAUUGACUAUGUUAAAACUACUAGUAAGAGACUAACAUGCAUUGAUUUUGCAUGUGAAAGAUAUGGUUCGUAUAGGUGUAGGAAUACUAACAAAGAAAAUGAACAAGGAAAGAGACUCUGGUCCAUAGGGAAGAUAGCUGUUGUAGAUGGUUGCCGUGAAUAUACCGGAUCUCCAUACUUUUCUGCUAUUUCAGCUCUAAAAAUUGGCGCUGAUUUAUUGCACGUAUUCUGUACAAAAGAUGCUGCUCCAGUUAUCAAAAGUUACAGUCCGGAGUUGAUCGUGCAAGAAUCUUAUAAUGUAGGGGAUGAGUUUAGACGAUCAAUAUCAGCCAAGGUAAUCACACAGGUUGAUAAGUGGAUGGGGAGAUUUGACUGUUUAGUUGUUGGUCCAGGUCUGGGGAGAGACCCGUUUCUCCUGGACUGUGUCAGUGAGAUCAUGAAGCAUGCCAGAAUCCAAUGUCCCGAUUGUUGUAGAUGGGGUGCAUCGUUUCUCAGGAUGGGCUUUUUCCUGUUACAAAUCGCCUUGACUUGGUCACUGAUUAUCACUUGGCUGUCCUGACUCCUAACGUUAAUGAGUAUAAGCGCCUCGUUCAGAAAGUUUUAAAUUGUAAAGUAAAUGAUCUAGAUGGAACCCAGCAGUUACUUUCUUUAGCGAAAGGAUUAGGGGGUGUAACCAUUAUAAGGAAAGGAGAAUCUGAUUAUAUUAGCAAGUUGAAGAAGGUACGUUUUACUAGUGUUUGUGCUCUGUAAAAUACAUAUGGUAGUGCAAGUCUGAUAAACGACUUGGUGUGGAAGGAAUAAUUUGAAAGAAGGAUAUAAACAUUAGGUGCUUGUUUGGUAUAGAUUUUAAGCCAAUUAAAAUCAAUUUUUUUGACCGUUAUUUCAUUAUUUCAGUUGUCAUUUUUGAAAUCUUCUCUCACGGGUAGGAUCCACUUUAUCUUUGACGGUCAAAAAAUCAAUUAUCAAAAUUUCUACCAAACAAGCAUUAAGUAUUGAACGGGCUGAUGUCGAGAUUUUCAGGAAUUGGCCAAGGAAAUAUUAACAUUGCAGUAAAGAAUAAUAUUAGAAUUAUGAGUACAGUGAAACAUAAUUAGACCAAGGAUCAAUAUUGACCACUUGGCCAAUGUUCUCAAGAACUGUGCAAUCUUGAAGAAGAGUCAGUGAAUCUGUAUUUUCUGAUGGAUGCUAGGUAGGUUAUCAAUAGUGGUUUUUAAAACGUCAAAUUGUCAGGCAGAUUUAUUCCAAGUUAUGUGCACAUACGAUAUUGCGUAACUCUCUGGUCGCUUGAGGGAAACUUAGUAGGAUUGAGGAAUCAAGAAUGUGCAAGAAAUGUUCUUGUCGUUCAAUAAAUAAUUAUCAGCCUAUUGGCCGCCAAUAUAGGACCGAUGAACUGGAAGAUCACCAGUAGCAGCCUGUAGAACAGUUGAUGGAUGGUGGUAAGUCGAUGGUCAUCAGUUGCCUCCAAGAAUGUAGAUCAGGCCGAAAUAAAGAAAUUGGAGACUAUAAAAAUGUUAGCACGAGCUCUCAUUUUCUAUACCCUUAGUUGGGAAUUUUGUGCAUGCUAUGCAAUAUAGGGCUAGAUCGACAGUUUUUACAUAUGGUUCUGUUAUUACACAAUAAAAUACUACCCAAAUUUUUUUACCAAUCCAAGAUAAAUUUUAUUUA